AUGGCAGACGUCCGUGCUCUCCUCAAAGCCAAGCGUCAAGAAGCCCGCAUCACCCACCCAUACGCCUCAUACUCCUCCUCCGGUCAACUUCGAUGCUCCAUAUGUGGACUUGCCAUCAAACACGCGGCAGCAUGGGAAGGACAUCUGGGCAGUAAAGGGCACAGAACGAAGGUCGCAAAGGCGAGGGAAGAAGAGGCUGAGAAGCAAAGAGAGCUGGAGAGGAAACGGAAGGCGGAGGAGAUGGAGGUUGACGAUGAUGCAGAGGAGUAUGAUGGGCAGUCUGGAGGCGAGGAUGGUGGCGAUGGGAAGUCGUCAGAGCGAAAGAAGCGGAGAAGGACGGAAGAUGUGGAAGAGCAGGACGAGGAGCCCGAGGCUGGGUCGAGCGCGAGCAAGGGUGGCUUUCCUGCCGAUUUCUUCUCAGAUCCAUCACGGGCACCACCUCCAGUAAAUGACUCUGAUUCAGAAGCCGAAGCCGAAGGAGGGAGUGCAGUGCAGAAACCGAAGGGCGAAAAUACCGGUCCUGGUGCAGCUGGGGACGUUGACGCGGAAUGGGAGGCGUUCCAGCGGACUGUGCUGGAGCCAGCCACGAAGCCUCAACAGUCCGAAGACGACGCUCGGGAAAGAUACGCUCAGGCCACGGUGUUUGCGGAGGCUAAAAUAUACGAAGCUCCGACGGGCAUGCCAACGCAGGAAGGCGAGAGUUCUGCUGUAGUGGAAGAGACGGUCGAGGAGACGGAGGAGGAGAAGCGAAAGAGGAAGGAGCAAGAGGAUAGAGAGAUUAUUAUGGACCGGCUGUUGGAGGAGGAAAGGGCUCAGGAAGAGGCAGAUGGCAGGGUCAAUCUUCUGAAGGGCAGAUUGGAGAUGCUGAAGAAGAAGAGAGAGUUGGCCAAGGCGAAAAAGUCUUCACGGACUUAGGACGAAUGAUGUGUUAUUGAAGACACACAUAUCCCACUAUUCAUCUA